UCCCUGGCGCUGGCCCUGAACGGCCAGCUCUGGGAGGUGUGCGACCUGGGCUACCUCCUGGCGCUGGCGCGGCAGCAGGCCGGGCGGGCCCAGCUGACGCCGGGCGAGCGAGCGAUGUUGCUGGAGCAUGCGCGCCACUUGACGGCGCUCCUGGCGGCGCUGGCAGGGCUGGCGGACAAGGCCGAGGCGCAGCGACGGCGGGCCGCAGGCGUGGCCACGCCCAAGGGGGCGUGGGAGCCGCGGCAGGUGGCACUGGCGCGGGGGCCGCUGCGCUGCCCCCCCGCGGCGCGGCCGCUCCCCCUGGCGGCGGAGGCGCUGCGUUGCUGCCUGGGGCCCCCCCGCUGGGGACUGCGGCUGGAGCGCUGCCGGGCCCGCCUGCCGCCGCGCCGGGGGGCGAUGCGCCUGGGGCGCCACCCGGCGCCGUGGCUGGGGCCGGCGCGGCCCUUGUGGGGGCCCUGGCGGCGCUGCCUGCUCCAGGAGGGGCCGCCGCCUGACGCGCCGCCGGCGCCUGGGCCCCUCGCGCUGCCAGGGGCGAGUGCUGCUGGCGCCGGAGGUGGCGGCGUGGCGGCCGCUGCGGGGCCGGCGCCCGCCGGCGGUGGCGCCGUGGCGCUGGCGCGGCUGGUGGACGUCUCCUGGAUUGGCUCGCCGGCCCUGCAGCUCGACGCCUUCACGGCCGGCACGGUGCUGGAGACGCCCACGCACGACCCGACGGGCGAGGUGGACGGCCCUGACGGGGUCUACCUCUCCGUGAGCCUCCGGGGCGCCUCGCUGCCGGCCCACGCCCUGGAGCUGGACCCGAGCUUCCCCGCCCCAGGCGCCGGGCAGCCAGGGGUCCUGCACCGUGGUGCGGGCGGCGCCGCGGCCUGCAGGGCCCCGCGGCUGGGCGGGCGCGGCGAGAGGCACGCCGACUGGCUGCGCCUGCGGUCGGCUCGGGGCUUGGUCGAGCCGCGGGUUCGGCUGACCUUCCGACCGCCAGGCGGCGGUGGGCCAGGGGAUGGCGCUGCCCCUGCGCCCGCGAGAGGCCGCCUCGCGGGGGCUGCGGCUGAGUUCGCGGCGGCUGCGGCUGCUGCGGAGGCGGCCGGCCCUGCGGCUCGCCCGCUGGUGGCUGGCCGAGGCCGUCACGAGCAGUCGCGAAGCGAUGGCGAGGAGCGGGCCGGCGGCGACCAGCUGGAUUUUCGCGUCGGCCCCUCCCGCGGCAACGCCGUUCUGGCGGUGGCCGACGGGCGCCCAGGCACGCUGUGCAACGAAGCGAUUGCCCAGAUCACGCGUGUCAUGGGCCUGCGGGAUGGGGCGGCCGGACAGACGAUGUGUCCUCGCACCAGGGCCUACCUCCAGGCCUUGGCCUUCGGCCACCACCCGUUCCACACGGUCGGGGAGCGGACGGUGCGCGACCUCCAGGCGCUUGCCGCUGCGAUGGACCUGCUCGAGGACGGCUCGCUGGCGUCGGUCGCGGACACGCGGAGGCAGCGGUUCAGGGCGCUGGAGAUGGCGCUGAACGACGGCAGCUGGUACAUCGCCAACGAGCUGGAGGCGGUCGAGGGCAUCCGCCCGACGCUCGCCUCCCGCGACGAGCAGGAGUCGGCGCGGAGGGCGGAGCCGCGGGCGCGGGAGCGACCCCGCUCGCCGCGGUCGGGCCUGCUUCGCGACGAGGCGUGGCGGAGCCCGCCCCGGCGGGGCCGCGGCGGCCGCGGGCCAGAACGCCCCGCGGGGACAGCCCCCGCUCUGGUGCUGCGGCGGCGCCGGGCCGCGCGGAGCUGCUGGGCGCUCCCGGAGUCCGCGGCUUUCGUCAGGACCAGCCGGCAGCGCAGGGCUGCGGCAAGGGCCGCUAGCACUGGAGACUGGGCGCUCUCAGGUGAUGAUGCACGCGGGGAGGCGAACCCUCUGGGCCCAGCGGGAGCUCGCGCUGGCUGCAUGGGCGAGCCAGAGCCGCCAGUUGAUUCGCUAGCAGCAGGCCGGGAGACGGCGCGCGCUGGGGCAGCUUGGCCAGAGGCGGGCGCCCCCCUGGCGGUGCUCUUCCGCACGUGGCAGGAGAAGGCUAGGGCUGCUGCCGAGUCCUUCCGCCGCCCGCUGGACGCGGGCCCGAUCCUCGAGGAGCUGAUGCGGGAGUUCCCAGGGUCGCUUGGGGUCUACGUGGUCAAGUUCAUGCACAGCGGGCAUCGGCCAACUAGACGGGGGUGGCUGCGGCGUGAUCUGCAAACGCUGCCCUGUCCCGAUCUUGAAGAGGAGAAGAUUGACCCAGGCGACCUGGCCUCGCUGCAGUCUCGCUCGAGGGUAAUCAUGAUGGCUAUGUACUGGGAGGCCGGCUACCGCCAGCUGGAGUGGGCCGUCGUCUGCGGGCUGGAGCCGAAUGCGGCCCAGCGCUCGGCUCUCCUCGGGAUCGCGCGGCACAUCUACUCGAGCGUCGCGCUCGAGCCCGCCAUGGCCAGGACCCUCGACUGGUCAGAGAAGCUGAAGGACUGGACCAUCGCGUACGACGGCUCGGAGGUCUCCACGCCGAGCAAGAUCGCGCUCGAGCAGAUCGAGGGCGGCCUGCCGCCUGUGGGGGUAGCCGCCUCCAUCGAGGCCGCGGAUCCCGCCGCGGACUUUGCGUGGGCGGCGCUGCUGGACCCCGCCCUGGCCCUCCCACCGCCGGCGCAGAGGCACCCCGCGCCGACCUCGGCGCGCGUCCGGGCGACGGCGCAGGAAUGGGAGCAGGUGGUGAGUGCCCUGUUUGCUCGCGGGGUGGUCGUCCCGUUCGACGAGGGCGAGAUCGCGACCAGAGACGAGGUCCCCUUGAUCGACGAGGCCUUCGGCGUGGCUAAGGUGCACGUGGCGCCGGCCCGCUGCGGCGACGGCGAGGAGCGGCCUUUCCUGCGGCUCAUCGUCAACCUGAUCCCCGCGAGCGCGUGCCAGCGCGUCAUCGCGGGGAGAACCCCCGUCAUGCCGACGAUGGGGCAGCUGAACGGGCUGGUGCUGGCUCCAGGGGAGCAGCUGCUCUGGAGCGGGGCGGGCCGCAGCGCGUUCUCCUGCGUCUUCAGGGCGCCCCCCGCCUGGUGGCCCCACAUGGCGCCGGGGCCGCCGGGGCCGCGGCGGCGGGUGGGCGGCAGCGGCGACGGGCUGGCCGGCAUCGCAUCGAGAGUCAUCGGCGUGGGCUGGAUCAGCGCGGUCGGGGUGACGGCGCACCUCCACCGCAACAUGCUGAGGCAAGCGGCGUCGCGAUGUUGUUUCGUCUACGUCGACAACCUCGAGAUCGCGGAGAUCGUGCCGAGUGAAGAGGCCGUCGCGCUGAAGGGGACCAUCCCCGUGCUGCUGAGCCGGGCGUCGGCCGGCUACGAGGAGGCUGAGUCCCCCGGAUCGCCGGGCAAGGAUGUCCACCGUGCCCAGCAGGUUUACAGUUUGGGGGGCCUCGUUGAUGGCGAGGCUGGUGUGCAGCGGCCGCCGCUGAGCUACGUCACGGAGCUCGUGAGCCUGACGCUGUGGUUCCUGGGGGAGAGGCGCCCGAGGCGGCGGCUGGCGCAGAUCCUGCUGGGGCGCUGGGUUCGCGUGCAGUGCUAUCGGAGACCGCUCGCCGCCGCCUUCGUGAACGCUUGGAAGUGGCUGGCGUCGGGCCGCUCGGGCUGGCUCAUCACCCCGGGCGUCGCCGAGGACCUGCUGACCGCGGCCGCGCUUGCGCCGCUCAGCGUGGCGGACAUGCGGCUGACCGUCGACCACCUCGCGACUGCGUCCGACGCCUCGGAGGCCGCGGAGGCGAUCGUCUACCCCCUGCAGGGGCUGUCGGACAAAGGCCGCGCCCUUGGAGCUAGGGGCCCGCGGGCCCUCAACCCAGCCUGCGAGGAGGGCGUCGCGCUGAUCUCCGUCUUCUCGGAGAUCGACGGGGCGCGCCAGGCCUUCGAGAUCCCGGGGCUGUUCCCGGCGGCGCACCUGUCGUCCGAGGUGGGUGCCAAGGCCGUGCGCGUGGCUCGGCGGGCGUACCCCAGCACCGUGCACCUGGGGGGCGGCACGGCUGCAGAUCCUGCGCAUCUGGCAGGCCUCCUGAGGGGCCACGGCCGCAUCACGAAGGUGAUCGUGAUCAAUGGGUUCCCCUGCCAGGGCUUCACGGUGGUGAACGUGGCCCGUGAGGGGAGCGCGGACCCGAGGUCGCAGUUGGUGGGCCACAUGUGGGGGCUCAUCGAGGGGCUGAAGCGCGAGCUGCCCGAGGCCGCAGUAGACUUCCUCAGGGAGAACGCGGCGCCCAUGGCAGAGGACGAGGUCCUGGCCUUGAACAAGAUGUUCGGCCGAGUGCCGGUGUCCCUCGACGCCGCGGACCCAUGCUGGGUCCGCCGCCCGCUGCUGUACUGGCUGUCGUGGGGCCGGCUGCCCGCCUUCGAGAUGUCGGCCGAGAUGAAGGCGGCGGCGGAUGGGGCCCAGCCGCGGGCGUGCCGAGUGCGGCUGGCGACAGAGCUGCCGCCCGUCUCGGAGUGGCCGCCGCGCGGGGCCUCUUGGCCGGGGGCCGCCGCAGGUGGCCGCCUGCCGACCUUCGCGCGCUGGGCGCUGCGGAGCUCGCCUCGGCCGCGGCCCGCGGGGCUCCGCCAGUGCACGCCGAAGGGGGUGGCGCGCUGGACGGCAGCGAGCUACGCAGGCCCGCCCUACCAGUUUCAGGACUGCUUCUGCCUGCAUUGGGCGGAUGUGCGGAAGGAGCCGCCGCUGGCAGUAGGGCGCGAGGUGCUGAUGGGCUCCAGGCGGGGCCGCACCGUGCCUUGCAUGAGCAGCUCCUCCGCCAAAAGCGACCCCGAGCGCCUCGAGGUCCUGCGGCGGUCGCUCGUGGGGAACUCGUUUCAGUGCGAGGUCGUGCCCUGGUGGCUGAGCCACUGGGCGGUGCACCACUCGACGCUGGUGGCAGUGCCGUCCCUGCGGCUCUGGGCCGGCGACGUGGAGACGCUGCGGUGUGGGCGCGAGGCCGUGUGCGAGGAGAACCCGCACCUGGUGGAGGAGGCUGGCCGCGCGCCCGCGGCGGGCGCUGGGCAGGAGGCGCGCGCCGUCUACGUCGGCCGCGGCUCGCGCCGCUGGGGGCUCGGCCCCUCCAAGCGGGGUAACCCGUGCCCCGUGGUGCCGGGGCGGCCGGCCGGCGACGCCGUGGCGCUGUUCGGAGGCUGGCUGCGCUCCCAGCCCGAGGUCCCAGACCAGCUGGGAGAGCUGGAAGGGGCUCGGCUGCUCUGCCGCUGCCCCUCAGGCGAGCCCUGCCACGCGGCCGUCCUGCUGGCAGAGCUGGAGCAGCGCGGCAAGUGGUGCUCCCGGCCCUUCCUGGAGCACCAGAGGGUGGUGGCCUCGCUGGAGAUGACGUGCCGCCACUCGGGCGCCGGCCUCCGAGUGGUUGCUGAUGCAGGGCGUCUGGCAAGAUGUUCCGACGGCAUGAGAUCAGCGCUGGCAUUUGGAAGUGGAGGUCGCACGCCAGCUCGUUUGCAAGACCAGGCCAAGCACAUCGAUGUGUUUGAGUGCGAGGCGGCCCUGCGUUGGCGGGCCCGGUCAGUCUCACGACAGAUGUGCGUCUUCCUUCACCUGCUCGACAGCAUGGUGAAUAUCGGUGCUCUGGCCAUGCGCCGGUCUUCGAGCCAGCAGCUCAACAAGGCGCACUUCGCCAAGGGAGAGGCGUGCUACCCGAGCUGCUCUCGGCCGUCUGGCCGCGCGCUUGCGAACACUGGAAUACGGCGCAAGUACCAGCGCGCACGCCAGCGGUUUGUCGAGCUUUCGAAUGCUAUGCGCUUCUCUUUGCCAGUCACGUAA